UGCAUGUUUUCCACUAAACCUUGACAAGAGACGUAUUCCAGUGUAGUUUAAACCACUGUUGACCGGCAGAGACUGCUGACCUAUUAGUAUUGGAGAGAAUGAUGGGAGAUAUUUUACGCAGUGACAGUGAUGGAGUCAUUCUUAAAAACCCGAAUAUUGCAUCCAUGAAGGAAGACGUUUUGUAUCACAUCUCACUCAGCAGUGGGACUCAUGAUUUAAAGGAAAUGUUUGGAGACAUUAGGUUUGUGUGUAUGGGAGGAACACCAAAACGUAUGGAAGGGUUUGCUCACUUCAUCCAGAAAGAGUUGAACAUCAAGUUACCAACUGGUACAGUACUGGAAGACAUUAGCAGACAUUCUUACCGAUACUCCAUGUUCAAGAUUGGACCAGUUCUUUCGAUUAGUCAUGGAAUGGGGAUUCCAUCUGUAUCCAUUAUGCUACAUGAGGUGAUCAAGUUGAUAUACCAUGCCCAGUGCAAGGAUGUGACCUUCAUUCGUAUAGGAACAUGUGGUGGCAUAGGACUACCAGGUGGUAGCCUUGUUAUAACUGAAGAGGCAGUUGAUGGAUUGAUGCAUCCGUACUUAGAACUGCACGUGCUCGGAAAAAUGGUUCAACGACCCGCCAUUCUGGAUUCAGAAGUUGCUAAAGAAAUUAAAUCUCUAGCAAAUGAGAAAUUUCCUCAUUACAAAACGGUGCUAGGAAGAACAAUGUGCACGUAUGAUUUUUAUGAAGGUAAAUUUUAUUGACAAACUGUGUUUAAU